ACUGGGGUGCGAACGGCUGAGCCUCUCUGUGCAGCGAGCUUGUUGUAGAGGGGUGGUCUGCGAGGCCGCGUCUACGUGGGCAGCCUGGACCUAGCGUGCAGCGAUCCCCACUGUGUCUCCAGGGCCAAGUCCGCGGGGUGACUCCCUGAGCCUGCAUCUGUCUAAGUCAGCUAUGCAGGCGCUCGGCCACCUUCGUCCCUUCAGCAGAUGCUGUCUGCGGGACUGCAUAGGAGCCCCGCUCACGGUACCCCGGGCCCCGGCUCUGAGUGGAGGCCGUGUCUAUGCGGAGUGGGCCUGGACGGGUGCACCCACGUGUGGAUCUCGGCGGAGCGCUCCUCCCACGGACCUCCCGUUCCCAGCGAGGUUAUUCAGAAGAUCCACCGACUGAAGUGAUGGAGAGGGGCCCUGCCGUCUGCUGCCAGGACCCUCGGGCAGAGCUGGUCGAUCGGGUGGCAGCCAUCAAUGUGACCCACUUGGAAGAGGCAGAUGAGGGCCCAGAGCCUUCCAGGAAUGGUGUGGAUCCUCCGGCCCGGGCCAGAGCUGCUUCUGUGAUCCCUGGUAGUGCUUCAAGACCCACCCCAGUGCGGCCCAGCCUCUCAGCUAGGAAGUUCUCCCUGCAGGAACGGCCAGCGGGAAGCUGUCUGGAGGCCCAGGUUGGGCCGUACUCUACAGGUCCUGCCACUCAUAUCUCUCCUCGGGCCUGGCGGAGACCCACCAUCGAGUCCCACCGUGUGGCCAUCUCAGACACGGAGGACUGUGUGAAGCUCAACCAGUACAAGCUGCAGAGCGAGAUUGGCAAGACCCAGAGAGAAGGUGGCUGUGUUGUGGGACUGACCAGUGACUGUCUGCAGGGUGCCUACGGUGUGGUGAGGCUGGCCUACAACGAAAGUGAAGACAGACACUAUGCAAUGAAAGUUCUUUCCAAAAAGAAGUUACUGAAGCAGUAUGGCUUUCCUCGCCGUCCUCCCCCCAGAGGGUCUCAAGCCGCCCAGGGAGGACCAGCCAAACAACUGCUGCCCCUGGAGCGUGUGUACCAGGAGAUUGCCAUCCUAAAGAAACUGGACCAUGUGAACGUAGUCAAAUUGAUCGAGGUCCUGGAUGACCCUGCUGAGGACAAUCUCUAUUUGGUGUUUGACCUCCUGAGAAAGGGGCCGGUUAUGGAAGUGCCCUGUGACAAGCCUUUCCCGGAGGAGCAAGCUCGCCUCUACCUGCGGGACAUCAUCCUGGGCCUCGAGUACUUGCACUGCCAGAAGAUCGUCCACAGGGACAUCAAGCCAUCCAAUCUACUCCUUGGGGACGAUGGGCAUGUGAAGAUUGCGGACUUCGGGGUCAGCAACCAGUUCGAGGGGAAUGAUGCUCAGCUAUCUAGCACAGCAGGGACUCCAGCAUUCAUGGCCCCCGAGGCCAUUUCUGAUUCUGGCCAGAGCUUCAGUGGGAAGGCCUUGGAUGUAUGGGCCACUGGGGUCACCUUGUAUUGCUUUGUCUAUGGGAAGUGCCCAUUCAUUGAUGAGUACAUCCUGGCCCUUCACCAGAAGAUCAAGAAUGAGGCCGUGGUGUUCCCUGAGGAGCCAGAGGUCAGCGAGGAACUAAAGGACCUGAUCCUGAAGAUGUUAGACAAGAACCCUGAAACAAGAAUUGGGGUGUCAGAUAUCAAGUUACACCCUUGGGUGACUAAGCAUGGAGAGGAGCCCCUCCCUUCAGAGGAGGAGCACUGCAGUGUGGUGGAGGUGACUGAGGAGGAGGUGAAGAACUCAGUGAAACUCAUCCCCAGCUGGACCACUGUGAUCCUGGUCAAGUCCAUGCUGAGAAAACGUUCCUUUGGAAACCCAUUCGAGCCCCAAGCACGCAGGGAAGAAAGAUCCAUGUCUGCACCAGGAAACUUACUGUUAAAAGAAGGAUGUGGAGAAGGGGGCAAGAGCCCGGAGCUUCCCGGAGUCCAGGAAGAUGAGGCUGCAUCCUGAGUCCCUGCAUGUGCUCAGGGCCAUCGUCAGCAUGCUCAUUCCGCGCCUCCAGAGGCCCACCGCCCUCAUGCAAUAGUUGCCCCUGCAGGCAGGGUCUGGGGACUGCGGCCCCUCUCCCGGCCCCCCUCCCCCAUUGUGCUGCAUGACCUGCGCACAGGCACAUUCAUGGACAGAAUUGGAAUGUGUAUCAUUUGGGGCUUGGGGUUCCUGGUUCUGUCUGUUCUGAUCCAUCUUGUGGGGAAGCCUGGAGCCCACAGAAUAUUAGAAACCCUACCUGACUGGCUGGUGAGGCCCGGGGCAGAAGGCAAGAGACCAAAGCGGCAGAUGAAGGCCUGGUGGGCUGCAUCUCAGAGAACUCCUAUAGGGCUAGUUGGACCUGCCUAGCUGCCACACCACAAGGAAGGGCAAUUGCCUCACCUCUGUGUGGAAGGUGCUGAGUGCUUGUCUACUCAGAUCUCUAGCAUGGAUGCUGCAAAUAGUGACAUGUGCCUGGGAGAGGACUCGGACUGGAGAAUUCCCAUUCCUCUUUUGUUGUCUUUUACCUGAAGGCUAAGGUGGGAGCAGCUGUUGUGGGGACCCUCUUCUUCCAGCUUUGGGUAGUUCCUGGCACAUUGUUUAGCAGUCAUGUGGACCUGACAUUCAUGGACUGUAUUUUAUACUCGGCACUAGCCGGGGAAAGGGCUGAACUGAAUCCAGCUCAGAGCGUAGGCCUGAGCCAGGAGCUGUGCACCUUCCCUGCCUACCUCCCUUCGUUCCUACGGAUCUUCAGAGCCAAGGUUGCAGAAGAGAUACCAGGAGUGACACUGAGGGUCAUGGACUCUCAGAACUGUGGCCCUGCAGAUGUGGAAGUAACUGGGAUCCAGGCUCUGACCCUACAAUGGCUUACCCAUCACAUGUCUAUGAUGGAGGAUAAACUGCCCAGAUGGGAGACCCAGCCAGAUGAGGGACCCUACAGGAUGCACACCCUCUCAGGCAGGUGGCCCUUCUGCCAAUUGCUUCAGCAAAGAACAUCAGUCAGCCCAUGCAGGGCGGAGAUACACAUUUGGGACACAAAUAUGUGGACGGUGCCCUUCUGAAGCAAGUGUCAGCUCUCUGGAUUCUGGUGUUGUCUGGCUAUUCUAAUGUUUACUGACAAUGCUCAUAGAAAUUGGUCUCCAAAGGGAGAUGAGCAGGACUCAGGUACUCCCCGCCCCUGAAAGCAUCCCACGAGGAAAUCCCAACUGCCCACAUGGGUUUCAGAAUGCAGGAGGGCUAGACCAGAAAAGAGGGAGGCUUGGGAGGGAGCACUGAGUUCCAACGCAUCUCUGUGCCAAUGGGAGUACAUUGCACCUUCAUGUGCACAUGUGUGUGUGUGCCCAUCUGCUGUACACAACACACUUGCAUGUCUCGUACUGGCACAUGCAUCUGUAAUAUACUUUCUACAUCCACUUAAGCCUAGGGGCAGAGGGUAGCCCAUUGUAUAUGGGCUCCCAUUUCAACCCAGCUCCUCUGCACCAAGGCAGCCAGUAUAACCCAGGGCUUAAAAACAAAUCAUCUAAACAUAUCUCUAAGAAUACUUUUAUAGAGUGAAUGAGAGGCAGUCAUUAAAUAAAUAGCAAGGAGUAAGGGAGCUUUGUGAAUGGGACCGACCCACUUGGGGAAAAGUUUGGAACUGGGUGACUGACCUCACUGUCCCUAGCAGGAAGGCAUGUUCGCUGUCACCUGUUGCUGAGAACUUUGGUUGGCAUUGGUUUUGAAUGUAGCACCAAGUGAACAAACUCCAUAAGAGUGUUUUGAAAACCAACUUCUUAGGAAGUGAAUUAAAGACAAUAAAAAGCCCUUUGUUAAAGAAAAAAAAAGGCUUUGUAUGU